AUGCGCUCGGAUUGGCGGUUCAUGGCUGCCCCCGGGGCAACCGCCCGGGCUGCGCGGAGUGCGCCGCCUCGCGGAGGGCCACAGCUCUGCCGGCCGCACGGAGUUCUGCCGGGAGCGCUGCCUUUGGCGAUCAGCUUGCCGUGGGUCUUCUUCGAGGACGCGAGGCGCAAGCCUCGCCGGGUGCUUUGCCGGGCCAACGGCGAGUGGCAUCCUGGUGGAGAAUUUGCUGGUGACGGGGUGGCCGUGGACACGGAGGACGAAGAUGUCAGCUACAGCGACUUAGGCACCCACAGAGAGAUGAUCGAAGACGGCGUGCGCACGGAAAGCUUCCGCCAGGCGAUUUUCCGGAGCUGCCAGGACAAAGUCGUUCUUGAAGUCGGCUGCGGAACUGGGAUACUCUCCGUAUUUGCAGCUCAAGCAGGCGCACGCCGUGUGGUCGCCGUGGAGCGCGACGUUGAGAUGGCGGGCCUGGCGCGGCAGGUACUGCUGGCCAACGGCGCACCGCAGGUGGCGGUGGUGCCGGGCGCGGUGGAGGAGGUUGCCGCGACCGUGGAUGAGCUUCUGCAAGGCGAGAAGGUGGAUGUGCUCAUCUCGGAGUGGAUGGGCUUCAUGCUGGUUUGCGAGGACAUGUUCCCCAGUGUGGCCUUUGCACGGGAUCGGUGGCUGGCAGAAGGCGGCCAGAUGCUGCCGCAGCGCUGCGAGGUGUUGGUGGCGCCCUUCAAUGAUGACCAGCUGGUGGAGCGCCAGACUGGCUUUUGGGGCACUUCGCCGUUUGGUGUGGAUCUCUCCGCUUUGGCAUUUCACGCCCUGGACCAGCACCUGGCGCGGCCGGUGAUCGCCUCUCCGCAGCGCUUGCUCGGUGGGGCGGACAAGGUGUUCGACCUUGACUGCUGCAGCGCAUCGGACGACGCUUUGGAGCGGCAGUCCUGCGGCUUCCGCUGCCGCGUGAGCGAAGCCGGCCGCUUCCAUGGCCUGGCAGUGUGGUUCAACUGCGAGCUACUCCCGGACCUUGCGUUCACGACUGGCCCGGAGGCAAGGCGUCCGCCCCAGACGCCACGAGGCAUGGUGAUGGAUCUGCAGCUGGAGAAAGGCGACACGGUGGAAGGAGAGCUGCGAUGGCUGGUGCAGGACAAGGACUUGGCUGUGGCAAUGGUGGGUCAGGUGACCAGCGAAGGGACCGAGCGGACCUUUGGCCGGCGCCUGGACAUGAGUGCGGCGACAUUGCUGAGAGAGAAGGAAUCUGCUGACUUCAAGGCCUUGGAGCUGGAGCUGGUGGAGGGGAUCCGCACCACCCAGGCGGCCCAGGCCAAGUUGGAGCAGGACAUCCUGGCAGCUGGUGGCGAGGUAAAGGCGAACGGAGCAGUCCGCGGCCGAGAACUGUCGCGCAAGGCUCUGGCACCUUGCUUUCAGCAGGAUGGCACGGGGCCGCUAGCAGCUCCGGACUUUUUGGAGAAGUUACUGGUCUGGGUUUGGCAGGAACCAUCAAUCAUCUUCACCAGCCUCGCCCACUUUGUCGCCUCGAGAAGUGGUGGGCAAGCGAAUUUCAGUAAGGAGAACGAAGCGUCUCACCUGGAUUGGCUGAACGUGUCAAUGAAGCACCUCUGGCCGGAAAUGAGCGAGGCGGCGACCACCAUUGCGCAUGGCAUAGUCCUGCCCAACUUGAAGCGGAAGCUUAUCGCGAAGGCAAAGGGGAAGAUCACCGAUGUAAAGUUUGCUGCCUUCACCCUGGGCUCCGCCCCGGUGGUGCUGGGCCCCGUGCAGGUGUCACGAAUGCCCAGGGGCUCGGUUCGGAUCCGAAUGCACCUGGACUACCAGUCUGACAUGCACGUGGAGUUCCAGCUUGAGACCUCCUACGGAACAUGGACCUUUGGCUUGAAGGACUUCCGGAUCAUGGGGCAGAUGGUGCUGCGAAUUCGUCCCCACAUCCCCGACUCCCCGGGCGUGGGCGGCGUCUCUAUCUUUUUUGUGGAUCCGCCGAAGGUGGAUUUCUCGUUCUCGGGCAACAUGUCGUUUGGCAAUUUCCCCUUUGUCAAGGAAGUGCUGCGGUUUGCCGUAGACUCGAUGAUCGCAGACAUGUUUGUUCUGCCGAACGUGGCGACGCAGCACAUGAGCCUGACCGACUUGAAGAUGUACCCGUUAGUCUUCUCCAGCCCUGUACCCGUCGGGAUUCUGCGAGUUACCCUUCAGGGUGGCAACUUGGAAAGCAAGGAGAUUGAGUUCUCUCCUGAGGAGCAGUCGCUGCCUUUUCCAGACAUUGAAAUAGGCGGCUUACAAAGUCCUCGAACGUUCGCCCGGAGUUCAUUUGCCAUGUAUCAGUCCUGCUUGCAGCGUCUGGCGCCACUGCCGCUGGCGACCAGCCGCUCGUGUGUGCGGCGAGUGGCGGGGGUGAGGCGGCUGCUGGGAGGCUUCAUCCGCGCGGUGCACCCGGACCUGACCGAGGCCUUUCCAAGCGAGGCCCGGCGCGUGAACCAGUCCUCGCUCUCUGAGCUCAACGCGGCUUGUCUUUUGCCUCGCUCUCACAUUUGGAUUUGCAAAUUUGCGAAUUUGCAAGUGAGCUUGUGGAGCGCGGCGCGGAGAAUUGCGGAACUCUUUGGAUCGCCUCACACUCCGAGCCCAGUGGCCCUUGCCGAGGCUUUUGUGGACCUCCUCGAAGGCGAGGGCCCACGGAAAUUUGAGGAAGGCCCAGAGGCUGUGAGCUGCGAGCUGCCGUUCUUCCGGGCCCUGCGCACACGCCUGGGCCGAGAGGUGCCGAACCGAGUGGUGCCGCUGCAGCUGGUGCUGCCCUCCCUGCCUGCCGCUGCGGAGGAGGAACACAAGGAGCUGGCGGCGGCACAGCUUUUGCGCGGCGCAGAGCUUGCCCUUGAAGAAGGCCUUUUCUCAGAGCGCCCUGAGGUGCCGUCCCUUUUCAGCCAGCCGGGGGCCUCCAGGGCGGCCUUCGACAAGCUCUGGUGGCAGCAGACGCAGGAGGAGUUGGUGCGGGAGGCGAUCCACGGCCCGGACGACGAGAAGGUGAAGCUGCACAUGGCGAAGCGGGUCUUCGCGUGCAAGUACGCCCACCAGCUGAUGAGGCGCUUUCUGCGAAUCAAGAACACCAAGAAACGCAAGCUGCGAAUCGCCCAGCUGGAUGAGUUGGUCCAGUCCAAGGUGGCCGAAAAGUUCCAAGGGACCGAAAGGGCGGCGCCGACGAAGCAUGGGCUUGACGAGCGCGAGGAUCCCGUGCGAGUGCUCCAAGGAGGAUUUCACCCCGACCUCGUUUUCCUAAAGCCUGGCCUGGCGGAAAACCAGCGACGGGAGGCCAUCCGCCGGGUGUGCGGCAUGAACCUUGCGAGCGACGCGGAUUUCUGGCUCUUGGAGAACCUGUGGAAAGCCAUGCGUUCGGUCCCCCCGCCCGUGCCGAUCGUCAUCGCGGAGAGCGAGUAUCGCGCACAUGGAAGCGGCUUCAUCCAGCUGCCUUUCGACUUCACCGUGCCGCGCCUCUGUGAUUUCCUGGAGGAGCACCUUGACGCCGCCCGCGCGGCCUUGGUUUCUCGAAAGGCGAUCAGAGGAGUCGGGGAUGCAUGGGAAGAGGCAGAGGAGUGGGUUGAAAGUAAGGUGGGAGCAGCAAUCGGCAUCACCACAGAGCCCUACAUGAAAUGGAAAGUGGGGCAGCAAGUCUGGAUGCCGGACUUCAAAUCCAAGCAGUCCUACAGCUUUGCCAUCUACGAUCCCGAGCAGCACGUGCACGUCUCCCUUUGGGACCGCGACCUGCUUUCUCAAGAUGACCUGCUGGGGGAGGUUGUGCCGGUGCCAGCCGUCCAGGCCAUCCACAAUUCGGGCCUUGAGGUGCCUUUCACACAUCCAGGCAAUAAGCACCGCCAAAUAGGAGCGUUCAAAGCUCAGAUCGAGUUCCUGGUCGCCGGUGGCGAAGACAGCCAACAUGGCUUUUUGAUGGUCCUCCGUGUACGCGAGAUCGAGCAGGCCGGCUCAGCCAUUAAGGGCAAGCGCUUGGCGGUGCGUGCCAGCUACAAGGGCCAGUCAGAGAUCACCAAGGCCGGCGCCCCGAUGCUGGACAUUACGGAAACAAUUCCAGCGAAGGCCAUGCUCAAGAAGAUCCAGGAGAACAUGGAAGCGGCAGGCGUUGCGGACGAGAAAAUCGGCAAGGUGCUGGACCUCACCUCUCUGCAGAACUCGCGCAUGGCCAUCAACCGGUCCAUUCACUUCGUGGUGAUGCCAGAGGACAGCUUGCUAGAGGAGCUCACGCUGUCUCUGGUUGACUUGGAGGUCCUGGACCAGCUGAAGAAGAAAGAAGCCAAACAGUCCAACAACGAGACGCCGGACUCGCCCAAAGAAAGCGAUGACGCCAAUGGUGUGAUUGCCACCCAGACAAUCUUAAUGUCGGAUCUGAAGAAAAAGCCAGGCCUGGCCAUUCCUGGGCCAUUCCAGUUCGAGAGCGAUUGGGGCACAAUCAAUGUGAAAAUGCAUCUUCACCUGAGUGGCCUGGAGACAACAAGCGCAGAGACACUGGAAGCCAUCCAGGGCACAGCGGAAGGAGUCACAGAAGUUGCGGAGCUCCUUGGGAUGUGA